AUGUCCAUGUUGGUACGCCCGCCGAAGCGCAAGCUCCACGAGGUCGAAACUUUAGGCGAUGGGCCUCGAAAGUACAGCUCAGGCGUCGUGCCUUCUCCCAAUGUCCACCUUCUAUCCCGACCCACUUCUCGUCGAUCGAGUGAACAUAGAGAAACAUUUGAAGAUUCGCGUCCAUCGUCGUGGAGAGAAUUGCACUCGAACCGCGGAUCCCCAGUACUGUUUGAACAUGAACAUCUUCGGACACCACGCACCUUCAGCCCGAAUGCAUCAGUCGUGUUGAUCGGAAUCCGUGGUACAGGAAAGUCAAGUCUGGCGGUCAUCCUUGCGGCAACAUCCGGACGACGAUUGAUCGAUGCAGACCGCUACUUUCACCAGAGUGUGGGAUGCUCCCGUGCUGUAUUCAAAAAGGAAAAUGAUGGACCCGUCUACAGGCAACAAGAAGCCUUGGUCUUUGAGUCGAUGCUGGCAGACAACCAAGAGGGUUGUGUGAUUGCGUGUGGAGCUGGAUCGAUGGAACGCAACGGCCAAAGACUUCUUAGGGAAUUUGCGCAGACACAUCCGGUUAUCCACGUUAUUCGCGACCCAGAGAGCAUCCAGUCGUAUCUCAAAGUUUGGGAUACGCAAAAGGUGCGACAUUUCCUAGAAUUGUCAGGCCCGAUAUAUCGAGGGUGUUCGAAUCUCGAGUUUUUCAAUCUAUCAGAGGCUAGGAGUGAUGAUAUGUACAAUGAUAGCGACCAUUCAUCACCAGCGCACAGAACCGAACCUAGAUCCCAUACUCCCACCCCGUUUUUAACGUUGAAACGAGUUCAGCGGGACUUUCUCCGCUUCAUUGCCUUCAUCACAGGGGAUAUUGCAGAACUUAACAGCCAACAUGCAUCUUUCCCACUGUCACUGUUGCCCGUGGAAUCCCGAAUGUACACAUCUGCAGUGUCAGUGCCAUUCUCCAAGGUCUGUGAGAAGGAUAUGGAUAUUGAGCAGCUGGAAUUCACUGCUGAUGCCUUUGAAUUGGCAGUUGAUGUAACAGACUCUUCUUGUCAGUCAGGCCUCAACUCAAGUCUUGCGGAUAGUAUCAGCCAGGCAGUAGCAGUCAUUCGUCGCAACAUCAUUGUGCCGCUGAUCUAUCAUGUGGAAAGCUAUACCAUCAACUCCGCGGGAUCUUCAUCUCCUAACAAAGUUCCCGUGAGAUCUACAGAUGAAACCUACUUAAACCUCGUCCGACAUGGCUUACGGCUCUCCCCUGGUUUCCUUACAGUAGACCUCACCCGGGAUGACAAUAUCAUUUCCCAGAUCAUCUCUGAAAGUGGGCGAACUAGGAUCAUUGGCCACUUCGAAGCCUUCCAUCCUCUGCCGGGGGGCUGGGAUGGUGAUGAGUAUAUGAAACUUUAUGAGCGGGCCAAGAGCCUAGGAUGCGAUAUAGUCCGAAUGUGCCAACCAGCCGAGACACCUGAAGAUAAUCUUGCAGUGCAACGAUUUCGCCAUCGCAUCCAAAGCCUGCCUGUUGCUGGUCUUUCUCUGAUCGCCUAUAACACCGGCCCUCUCGGCCGCAUGUCUCGCUGCUUCAACCCUAUCCUCUCUCCAGUCACACAUCCAUCCUUAGAAGUGGAACUUCCAACUCAUCUACGAUCGUGUAUCACAGCCCGGGAAGCACAGAAGGCGCUUUAUAGCUCAUUCGCCUUGGAUCCGAUGCAAUUUUUUGUUUUUGGCGCCAAUACAACAUAUAGUAUGUCGCCCGCGAUGCACAACACUGCUUUCAAAAUCUGCGGUUUACCGCACAAAUACUCGAUUUGCCAAUCACCAACUUUACGAGGGUUAAAUGACCUUGUGGAAAAUCAAUAUUUCGGUGGAUCAAGUGUCAGUCUUCCGUACAAAACAGAGUGUAUCCCUCUGCUCCACUCCAUGUCUACGCAUGCCCGAGCCAUCGGCGCCAUCAAUACCCUCAUCCCAAUCCGCAAUCUCGAUGACCUGGACGACACACGUCUUCAGGAAUCUUCCGUCUUUCUUCAAAAGAGCCGUGCCGGCCCUAUCAAGGGCCUUCAUGGUGAUAACACCGAUUGGAUCGGAAUUUGCAAUUGUAUUCGCCGCGGUUUGUCCCCGGCAAAUGCGAUACGCUCGUCAUCAGCAGGUCUUGUCAUCGGAUCUGGCGGGAUGGCCCGCGCUGCAAUUUACUCUAUGAUCCAUCUUGGUGUGCAAAAUAUCUUCAUCUACAACCGUACACUCGCCAAUGCAGAGAGACUAGCCCACCACUAUAACCGGCAAGAUCUCCAUUCAAAAGAGGCUAGAGGGUCUGGUCGUCCCACAGUUCGUAUUAUCGCUUCAUUAUCCGACCCCUGGCCUGCAGACUUCAAACAGCCGACCAUUGUCGUCUCGGGAAUUCCGGCUCAUAGCAUUGGCGGCGAGCCAGCACCAAACUUCCACAUCCCAUCACAAUGGCUAGGGAGCCCGACAGGUGGCGUUGUUGUUGAUCUGGCAUACAAGCCCCUCAAUACCCCUCUCAUGAAACAGAUACGAGCCCUAUCUCAUCGCGGUUGGGUAGCUCUGGAUGGUCUUGAUGUUCUGCCGGAGCAGGGUUUCGCUCAGUUCGAAUUGUUCACCGGCCGCCGCGCUCCCCGGCGCGUUAUGCGGAGCAUUGUGCUCCAAGAGUACAAAGACGAUGAAGAAACUAGUGACCGUGAAUCGAUACAAGAGAGGUUACAGCAGAUGGACGGACAACCGACUUGA